UGUAAACACGUUGGAUGAACACUUUAUUUCGCCAACUUUGGACGUGGUUUCGACUCCUGGUUUCUGCGUGAUCAGUGAAAAUUUCCAGAUUUUUGUGUAGUUAAACGUGUCGUUUGUUUUCCAGUUGCACAGUAAAGCAUCUUCUCUAGGCUAUGUCGCAAAAGUAAGGAACAAGUCGUACAACUCUAGACAGUUAACCUCAAAGGUUUAGAGGAAAUUCUAUCAGGACAUAACGUGUUACUUACCAGUAGUUUAAACAGAGAAGGCCCAAGCGUUCAAACUACAAUGCAGCAUGAAACAGAGAAAAUUGAUGAGUUCAGAGGUGACAAAGUCUCCAGUGAGGAUGAAGCAGGAACAUUAAGCGUAGCUACCUAUUCUGGUGACGAAAAGAACUGUCUGGCGGCAAUUGCAGAAGCAUAUUCCAGCUCAGAGGACGAGGCUUCCGCAGACACUCACCUUAAGAGCAAAAGUGACUUGAAUGAAUAUGGAAAUUGCAACGAAACAGGUACCAAUAGCUUUGUGGAAGUAGAUGUCAAUCUAGGUUCAGUUAGAGGGAAGAGUACAGCUUUGGAAGAACGAAACAGUAAGUGAAAUAGUGUCAGCUCAGCCGAGACUACACCUCAGAGUAAACUUGUGGUAGGAUUUGAAGGAGGUAAUCUCGUACCCUUAGAACCUGGGCAUAAUGGAUGUGCUCAUUUUGAAAAAGAAAGUGAUGAUCAAUUAGUUAUGGAGACAUCGCCUAUCGGGGAUCACUUCAUUGCUCCAAGUGGUGGAGAAAAUACUCUCUUAUAUCCUGCAAAAGAUGAACAUACAUUAUCAGAACCUGAAAGGUGUGGACAUACACUUAACAUAAAACCUAAGGAUAAUGAAUGCUCUGUAGAAGAGUCUAUUGACAAUAGACACCCAUCUGUUAAGCAUCUGGAUGAUGGACAGAGCUUCGUAAAGAGUAAUGGCAUGGCAUCUGUGACAACACAGAAUGUUGAGAAAACGUGUGAGAAGCCAGAUAACAUGAAAGCUACAGAUCCUUCCCAGGGAGAUCAAAGCAAAAUUAUCGCGUCAGAGAAUCAUGGUCACCUGCCUACAAACCAUAUGCAUGAUGUAGUUACUUGUCAUCAGGUAUACACUAUGCAUAGUAUUGACAAAGAACUUGAGAGUAUCAGUGAGGCUGGGGGUGCUGUGGAGACAGCAGGACACACAGGGUGUCCAACUGCAAUUAACUCUUCGUCCAGCGAUAGUUCUUCAGAUGAUGAAAGUUCGUCAAGUGAAAGCUCUGAAUCCAGCUCUGAUGACGAUCUGGAAGACAUCAGAAAAGAAAUUGAAAGAGAGGAGGAUCGUACUCAUGUAGGGCCGCUGAAAACGAGAAGUGAACUGUCAGUGAAGGACCUUCCUGAAGUUCCAGAUUUGGAUAUUACUGUUGACCAAAAUGUUCAGCUUGUAGAACUUGGAGUGGUGUUUAGUGUGGUUGAGUCAUUAGUGGUAGUCAAAGCCUUGCCGCAAACCCCAGCUCUAGAUUCAGACAGUGCCCUUUUCUUGGAAAAUAGAUCCUGUCUGGGUGUGGUUUUUGAGACCUUUGGACCAGUACAGACUCCAUUUUAUUCAGUCAGAUUUAACAAUGAGGCAGACAUUGAUAAAAGGAAUGUUCACUUAGGAGACAAAGUGUUCUAUGCUCCUGACAUGAUGGAGUAUUCCAACUUUGUCUUUGUAGCACAGCUUAAAAAGUUAAAAGGAUCUGAUGCCUCAUGGGAACACGAUGAAGAACCCCCGGUAGAGGCUGUGGAGUUUUCUGAUGACGAAGAAGAAGCUAAAGGCAAGACCACCAAAAAGAAAGAAAGAAUGGCUAAGAAAGGCCCAUCUGCAGAUGUUGAUAAAGCGAGUAACACAGAGAGUGAAAGAAAUAUUCACCAGGGAUCCAAUCGAGGUGGCAGGAAAAGAACUUGGCAAAACCGUGGAAGGGGAAAACCCUCCAACCAAAACCAGGAUGAAGGGAAUUUUGCUACUAGUCCAAGAGGACCCUUUACCCCAGUAAGAGGCACAUUACCACUCAAGACGCCUCCUCAUGUGGGGUCAAGACCUCUCUUUUUACCAGGGAAUCCCUACGUGAACCACCCACCACAAGGUCCUCAACAUUUGAUGAUGGGACAUACAGGACCCCAUGGAGGUGUACCUCCUAGAGGUCCACCUCUAAGAGGCCCAUUUAUGCCACAGUCCAUGGGACCUUCUCCUGAUACAUAUCCUGGCCUUAUGGGAAAUGCACCCCCACCUCAAUUUGGUGCACCAAGGCCAUCUACUUCUCAAUAUUUCCCUUCAGGGCUACCACCAGGAUUUGCACCUAGGAAUGUUAUACCUGGACCUGCAGGUCCUUAUGACUAUAGAGCAAAUGUUGGACUUCAAACAAGAGAUGUCCACUCAAGUUUCCCCCCACCCCCUCCUCCCACACAUCCACCUAAUCUUUGACCCUCCAGUGUAUAAAUGAUACAUCGCAGUGAUAAUUGCUCAAAAUGCAAAUCUUCUGCCCUGGAAGAAAAUUUAAAAUGUGUUUGUUACUGAUCAAUUACACUGAGUUGUAGCCUCUGUUGAGAAAGUGUGAUCAACAUUGUUGGCAUAACAAAAUCAGGCAUCAUGUCAAAUAAUAAUGACUUCUAAACUCGCUUGUAGUUAGGAGGGAAUCAUUAAUCAAUGUUCUGACUCUUUUCAAUUUGUUAGCAUAAGCUAUUUAACCACGUCACUCUCUAAAUCUCAUUUUUAUUACCAUUUAGUAAAUUAAAUUCUCUUUACUGCAGCUA